AUGAACGGUUACGGCUCUCCCUACCUGUACAUGGGAGGACCGGUGUCCCAGCCUCGUGCCCCUUUACAGAGGACCCCCAAAUGUGCGCGCUGCAGGAACCACGGGGUGCUCUCCUGGCUGAAAGGGCACAAGCGCUACUGCCGCUUCAAGGACUGCACCUGCGAGAAAUGCAUCCUGAUCAUUGAGAGGCAGAGGGUCAUGGCAGCUCAGGUGGCACUCAGGAGGCAGCAAGCCAACGAGAGUCUGGAGAGCCUCAUACCAGAUACCCUUAGAUCCAUGCCAGGCCUGCCAACCUCACUGCCAGCCGACACAAGUCAGCCAACCUCCAGACCAAGCGAGAUGGCCAUCCGGUGGGCACAGGAGCCUUCCUCUACUAUGCAAGUGCCAGUGAAAACAGAUGCAUCUGAAGAGAGGCUAGGUGACAGCAGUGGUACAGACAAUGGUGAAAGCUACAGUGACAAAGACACAGAUCAAAGGUCACCUCCUGACGUGAAGCCCUGCUGUACGCCAGAGAGUCCUGAGGUGGUAUCAGUGGAUGAAGUAGGCUAUCCAGUGCGGAAGAAUUGCAGCAGUGCAGAGAGUACCUCGGAAAGCCCCAAGUACCAGGCUGAACACAAUCAUCUUCUGAUUGAGGGCUCAUCUGGUACAAUGUCCCUGCCCUUCAGCCUGAAGUCUAACAGACCUCCUCUUGAGGUCUUGAAAAAGAUAUUUCCAAGCCAGAAGCCCACUGUGCUAGAACUAAUCCUAAAAGGGUGUGGGGGUGACCUUGUUGGGGCUGUGGAAGUUCUUCUGUCAAGCCGAUCCUCUGUGACUGGUGAGAGAACUACAGCAGAAUCUGACAGCAUUGUUUUACCUUCUAAUGGUCAUUUAUUUGAGCACACUCUUAGCUCCUACCCCUUAUCAUCCUCUAAGUGGUCAGUGGGGUCAGCUUUCAGAGUACCUGACACCCUACGAUUUUCAGCAGAUUCCAACAAUGUGGUAACAAAUCCCUUAGGUGUGCCCCUGCAACACCCUUUCCCACAACCCCCCAGGUAUCCUCUCCUGCUGAGAAACACUUUGGCAAGAAACCAGUCUAGUCCCUUCCUGCCCAACGAUGUUACCCUGUGGAACACUAUGACGCUACAACAGCAGUACCAGCUUAGGUCACAGUAUGUCAGUCCAUUUUCUGGCAAUCCCACUACACUCUUUAGGAGUUCACCUGUCCUUCCUCCUAGAGCACCCGAUGACCCAAGGAUCUCUGUUCCAGAGGACAGCUGUCCCAUUGUAGUGAAACAACCUAUUUACACAGAGGAGGACUAUGAGGAGAGAUCAGACUCAGCCGACUCCAGAAUCCUGAACACUUCUUCCUAACCAACAGAAUGACAGGACAAUGCUAUAUAUGACUGUGAACUCUAUCUCUCAUUCAAGAGAUCUGCCUUAUUUAUCCCAUAUUCAUUGCACUUAUCUAAGCAAUAAAAAGUGAAUACCCAUGAAUGCAUUUCCAGUUAGGGAUUGUGCACAUUGGCCAUAUCAUCCCUUCAAGCACUGGUAUAUCAGUGUGAUGAGCCUAA